GUGGAUGAGGCGCACGAGCGGCACCCGCGCGCGACACUUUUCUCUCGCCCAGUCAACGGAUUCACACAGCAGAGUAACGGUAACGGACCGCGAGACGCACGAGCUUCAGAGAUAAGCGAACGCUUUACGGUAGCGACCUGCUCCGGAGGGCGGGGCACACCUUAUACCUGGACGUCUGAAAACUCCCGAGUUCAACAAGUUCUCCAGUUUAAAGAGACGUUUAUGAUUUCAUAAGAAUCCGGAGGAAAAUAUCGACGAGAUGCUAAAUCACAGGUGAACCUGAAGCAUCGAGCCAGAACGCCGGACUAUGAGGGUGGCCGCAAUCUCCACUCUACAGAGCUUUAACCUGGGCAGAUAGGACCGAAGAAGACGAUAUGAGGACUUUGACGGCGUUCCUGUUCUGGGCGUGGGCGGCCUUUAGCGCGGACGCCGCGAUGACGCUUUUGAGAGGAAAGGACGCGUGGCGCCGAGAGUGGAACACGGAGGCUCUGAAGCGCUCCAAGAGAGGAUGGAUGUGGAAGCAGUUCUUUCUGCAGGAGGAGUACACCGGCAGUGAUUAUCAGUACAUCGGCAAGCUUCACUCCGAUAUGGAUCGAGGAGACGGCACGGUGAUGUAUGUCCUGACGGGCGAAGGUGCCGGGACCAUCUUCGUGAUCGACGCAAACUCGGGUGAUCUGCACGCCACGCGAAGCCUGGACCGAGAGGAGAAGCCGUCCUACAUGCUCCGAGCUCAAGCCGUCAACAAGAAGAACGGCCAGCCCUUAGAACCCGAGACGGAGUUCAUCGUCAAACUCCACGACAUCAACGACAACGAGCCCAAGUUUGAGAAGGAGGUUUACACGGCUAGCGUCCCUGAGAGGUCACACACCGGCACUUCGGUUAUUCAGGUGACGGCCCACGACGCGGACGACGAGAUGUUCGGAUUGAGCGCAAAACUGGUCUACAGCAUCAGCCAGGGCCACCCGUACUUCUCCGUCGAGUCAAACACAGGCAUAAUCCGGACAGCCUUAGGUCCCUCGGACAUGGACAGAGAGCAGAGGGAGCAUUACCAGGUAGUGAUCGAAGCCAAGGAUAUGGCGGGCCAGAGAGGCGGCUUAAUGGGCUCCACUAUAGUCAACAUCACGCUGACUGACGUGAACGACAAUCCUCCUCAGUUUGUAAAGAGUGUGUAUCAGUUCAGCGUUCCCGAGCUGAGCGAGCUCGGAACAAAGGUGGGUGAGGUUCAAACCUCGGAUGCCGACAUCGGGCUGAACGCCGAGAUGGACUACACGGUUGUGGGCGGAGACGGCCUGGACGUUUUCUCUAUAACGGUUAACAAAACCACCCAGAAUGGCAUCCUGAGCAUCAUAAAGCCUCUCGAUUACGAGAAAAAGAAGUCGUACACGCUGCAGGUGCAGGUGCGCAACACACACCCGGACCCGCGCUUCGUCAGCGUGGACGCUAAGGACCUGACGACGGUGCGGAUAAACGUGGAGGACGAGGACGAGCCGCCGAGAUUCGAGCGGCCCAGCUACGUGAUGGAGGUGAAAGAGGAUGCGGCUCUGGGCACCGUCAUCGGGUCGGUCAGCGCCGUGGAUCAGGACGCACACCGCAACCCGGUCAAGUACACAAUUGAUCGGCACACGGACGUGGACCGGAUAUUUAACGUGCACGCCGGGAACGGGUCUAUAUUCCUGCAGAAGCCUCUCGACCGAGAAGACCUCGCGUGGCACAAUAUUUCCGUGAUCGCCGCCGAGUUCAAUAACCCCCAGCAGACGAGUCGAGUGCCCGUGUACAUCCGUGUUCUGGAUGUGAACGAUAACCCGCCGGCGCUGGCCUCCUUCUACGAGACCUUCGUGUGCGAAAGCGCUAAAUCCAGUCAGAAAAUCCAAACGAUAACGGCGGUGGAUCGGGACGAGCCGUCAGGCGGCCACCGCUUCUUCUUCACGCUGGCGCCAGAGAGCUCGGUGAAGGCCAACUUCUCAGUGCGAGACAACGGAGACAACACCGCCGACAUCUACACACAGCGGACGGGUUUCCGGAGAGCGCAGCAAAGCAUGUACCUGGUUGCUGUAGUGAUUUCAGACGGCAGUUUCCCUAUGAUGAGCAGCACAGGUACGCUGACGGUACGCGUGUGCACCUGCGACCGAGACGGAAACAUGGAGGCGUGCAACGCGGAGGCUCUGAGCGGCACGGCCGGACUCAGCACCGGAGCGCUGGUGGCUGUUCUGCUCUGCGUACUCAUCCUGCUCCUGAUCGUCGUGCUGUUUGCUGCUCUGAAGCGCCAGAAGAAGAAGGAACCCCUGAUCAUCUCGAAAGAGGACGUCCGGGACAACGUGGUGAGCUAUAACGACGAGGGCGGCGGCGAGGAGGACACGCAGGCGUUCGACAUCGGAGCUCUGCGCCACCCGGAGGUCAUGGAGGAAAGCAGCAAACUGAGACGCGACGUCGUGCCGUCCGAUCCGCCGUACCCGCCGGCGACUCUCCUCCGCCGGCCCGUCGCGACGUCCCGAGACAACUCGGACGUGAGGAAUUUCAUCACGCAGCGCGUCCAGGAGCACGACAGCAGCCCUGCGGCGCCGCCCUACGACUCUCUCGCCACCUACGCCUACGAGGGCGAGGGCUCUGUCGCCGAAUCGCUCAGCUCGCUCGGCUCGGGAACGUCCGAAUCGCAGCACGACUACAGCUACCUGAACGAGUGGGGUCCGCGCUUCAGAAAGCUCGCCGAUAUGUACGGGGCCGACGAGAGCGAAUGGGACUCCUAACACACACGCCUCAGCUUGCUUCGAGCGGAAUUCUUACAAAGCGUUGUAUUUCUUACAAAGUGGAAUUCUUACAAAGUGCCCUUCUCCUUCGUCCCCAACUCGAUCCGGCAGACAGGAAGACGUUUCACAAAGCAGACGCUUGAACACACGGAGUCGUAGCGUAACCGGUCGACUUCCGGAGCUCUUCGGAACGAAGGUCGUCACGGCGAGGCACGUUUUUCGGGUAAUCCCACGUGAAAACUGACGUUAUCGUUGAAUUCGGAAGGACUGGGAAUACGAAUCGUUUACGGACUCCUCUUCCUGUGAAGCGUUAAAAAACGUCCGGUUUACGAAGGACCAAACUUUUUAGCGACGUGUCUGUGGAGCGGGAAAAACAGCCCGCUCACACUCCGCUCCACAUCAGCAAGCGUUAACGAUCCGGCGCCCCGAUUAGCCGAUCAUCUGUAUGUUUUGUUCUUUUCUGUUUUACUAUUUUUUUUUUAUGACUUUUCAGUAUUACUUUUGAUGUACAUACAUACUGUCAGUGCUUUCCGAGCAGACACGGUGCUUCAGAAAUUUGGGUCGGGUAAAAAGGUGUUUUUCGCGAUUGGCACCCGUUUUCAUCAUCUACUGGAGAAAAUGCCAGAAGCUUCCAAUUAUCUAGUCGCUCAUAGGCAGGAAAUGUGACUCGCAUUUUUGGCGCACGUCUCCACCACAUCCCAGCUGACGUCUUACGUUCCCUUCCCCGAGAAGCCUAUUUACGAAAUCACCUCGUGCUAAACAAAAAAAACACACACACACACACACACACGUUCGUUUCCAAGACCGUCCCGCCAGUUAUGUUUUUACAGAAGAAAACCGACAGAAAUAUCAACUCGAACCUCAAAAUCCACGAGUCUUACUCACACGUGCUUACACCGCGCGUGCUAAUAACCACAUCCCUCUCCUCUUCUGUGCUGGUUUUAACCCCACCCCCACCCUCCUCCUCCUCCUCCUCCUCCUCCUCCUCCUCCCCAGAUGAUUCAUCCCGUCUCUGAAUGAUAAUCGCAGCGGUCCGAUGUUGAGUUAUGACUGGGAUGUUAAAAUAAAUCACCGCCCUUAUAUUUUUGCCCUCUGCGCCAGACAUAAAAAUGAGUCUGGAAUUGGAUUCGCCGCCUCCGUUAUCGAGGGGAUGAAAAGAGGUUAUUUUUUAAAGAAUAUACAUAUGAUUGUAGUCGGCUUCCGAGCAGCGGGUAAAUAUUUGUGGCUUAGGCGCACAGAGUUCACCUGCAAUAUUCCCGUGCUUUGUCAGUGAUAUACUGUAAAAUAAAGGUGAUGCUAACUCAUGUUGUAUAUAUAUAUAUAUA